AUGGCUUCAGCAUCAUUUCGCGAGCAGAUGAAUUCCCUGGGUUGGUCGCGGCGCGGCGAGGAUGAACCUAUCAACACCUCCCAGCAGACCGGCCUUCUGUCAUCCAUCAAGUCGUUGAACCCGUUCGGUGACCGUGGCUACGUGCGCUUGCCCACGACUGAGGGCGCCGGUGCCCCACUGCCAGCUUCCUCGAGGAGGGAGGAGGAGGAAGGGUGGUUCGCGCUGAGCAGAUGGGACCGGAUGCUAGUCUUUGGUGCUUGCAACCUGGGCGCGCUUGUCUGCUUCGUUAUCUGCUUCGCCCUCUUCCCGGUCUUGUCACUCAGGCCUAGGAAGUUUGUUAUCUUAUGGACCCUUGGAUCGGCGCUGUUCCUAGCGUCCUUUGCGGCUAUGAUGGGUCCCAUGGCCUACGUUCAACACCUACUGUCUGGACCUAGACUACCCUUCACGGCCGCGUAUUUUGGGUCUAUCGCCCUCACUUUCUACUUUUCCAUGGGGUUACACAGCACUAUCCUCACAUUGUUCUCGGCGAUCAUCCAGAUCGCCUGCCUUUUAUGGUACCUAGUCAGCUACUUCCCGAUGGGAUCCAGCGGCCUACGCCUCGCUACUACAUUCGGAGCUCGGCGAGCUGCGGCCUGGAUGACUGGGUGAGCUGCGAGAUAUUGUCAUCCAUGCUUGCCAACAACACCAAGAUUCCUUCUGGUGUAGUGGAGCACCAGGAGAGAGACACGGGGCGGCACCGACACAGUCGGGAAGUUUUCUUCAGAGGUAAAAUAAAGAAGAAGAGAAGAAAAUUAGGAAGUAUUAUUUUGUUCUCGAAAUGCAACGCAUUAUCAGACGAAGAUUGCCAAUCGAGAUCGUUGGUCACGAGCGCAGGGCGUAUGGAGCACUUUGGUUUCAGCGAGGGACGGGAAAUGUGGAAAAAUCAUGGUGGGGCUGACGCCAAAUGGCUUGCGGCCUGAGUCGAAUGAGUAGUAGAAACAAUAUAUACACCUCGUAUC